AGAUAUAUAUAUAUAUAUAUGUACAUAGAUAUUUCAAAUUAUAUUAUGUAUUAUAUACUUAAUAUAAGAAAGCAAGAAAUGGGGUAUGUAAGUAGCAUAAUUUAUCAAUUAUAUUUAUAUUCCAACUUUUAUGUUUCAUUUGUGAUUAAUGAUUACGAUAUGACCUCGUGGUAUGUAUCAACUUGAAUUUAAGAAGUUCAUCACUUUCGUAAUACUAUAAUUUGCAUAAUAAGUAUUGCAGAAUGAAGACAAAAUCAUAUUGAUAUCAAAUUUUUAUUCUUCUUUAAUAUUAUUAAAAAUUGUAUGUAUUAAACUAAAUUAAAAUUACAAAUUUUCAACUUAGUUGGAAAAUGUUUAAUUUACUAUUUUCUACAAUUUAACAAUAUGAAGUUGUCUAAUAUAAAAUACAAAAUAGAAGGAAAAGAAACAUAUGAAUGACACUUAUAGUUAUUAAGCUAACAUUAAUAUUUUUCUUUCAAUGUUUAUACUCUUCAUACACAUUGUUUUCUCUUCAUAUAUGUAUAUAAAUCUACUUAUUUCUUUCACAUAAGAAUAUACUAUAAAUAAGAAUUAAUUAAACAAUUUUAUUAUAUAAUUUUUAUAAAUAUACAAGUAUAAUUAAUAAAGCUUUUUUUAAUACUAGAAAACCAUGCGAGCAAGUGUCAUUAUUGUAUUGGCUUUCGCCACUGGGAUUGUUGUAGCCACAUCUAGAAAUCAUAAUUAUUCUCAUUUCGUAAAACAUCAUGCAAGACCACGAGUAAUUCGAGGCUUUAAACCUGAAUAUAUGUCUACGGCAUAUGGUUUCGGGAAAAGGCAAAGUACUAUCGAUGUUCCAAAACUCAAUAAACAAGAACGAAUUUUAUCAACACUUUUACGCUAUUUCCCACAAGGAAUUCCCGUAGAUUGGUUACUUCAACAAUUGAAAACGAAUCCAACUUUUGCUACGAAAUUAACACAAGCGUUAAUGGAUGGACGUACUGAUUUUACGUCAAUGAUAGAUCGCUCUAAUCCAGAAAGAAUAACUUGGCUAUAUUAAGACUUUUAUGUAUGAUCAAAUGAUAUAUACAAUUCCUAGCUAUACCUUCUAGUUUAAUAAAUCUGCGAUAUUUAAAAA